AUGCUUCCAAUAGAAAAAGAAAAUUCUAGAGUUGCUACAACUAAACCAUUAGAUGAACUUUUUACUAAUGUCGGUCAAAAGUUUGAGACAGAUACCGUAAAGCAUGAAGGCUAUCGUUUUGACUACCCAUUAAGAUGGUUAAGAGACCCAUCUGUCACAAAAGCUAUUGGCUUUCGUAGAAUGAAGUUCAUUUCAGAAGCCAUACAUGGUUUCCCAUUUACGGUCGGUUUUGAAGUUCGAUACUAUAACAAAGAAAAACGUAUGUAUGAGAAAUUUGAACAAGGAAAACUUUUACAAGUUAAUUUGCUUAUAAACUUAGAAACAACUCUUCAAGCUUUUCAUCGAAUAUGCAAACCAGUAUAA